GACGUCAGAGAGGAAACGCGACACAGCCGUUAGCUGCCGAGGGCUAAGCUAGCGAGGCUAGCAGCGACCGAGACGGGGUGUGCGCGUGUCCUCACCGGGGAUUUCUUUAAACAAACGAUUUUCUUUCUUCCUCUUAAAGACGAGGACGUGGCACACGGAAGCGCUAAGUCGUAUGAUUUCUUUCGGGGUGGAAAAGAGUUAGUUUGUGGAGCUCGACGCUAACGGUUUAGCUAGCGCUAUCGGAUGCUUCCGGAGUCUCUCACAUGAACAACAACGACUUGAGCGAUAACGUGUGUUUUGUCUGGGGUCUGUAGAUUAAAACGUAUUAAUGUCUAAUCUAGUAUCAACUGUAUAUAAUUCUAAAUGUCCGUCUCGUGUGUUUAAUGCACCCGAACGCCGAGUUGGGCGAAAUAGACCAAAUAGGAAACUAAGCAUCUUACAUGCUAACGUGAAAAAAGCUCGGAGGAUUUUUUUACUCUGAUGUUUCUAUACUACACAUUAAAAACACGUGUUAUAGAAUCGUUGUUGUUUUUUCUCUGUCGAACAUAAGCGGAUGGGGAGGAGGAGGGGGGGGGCGUUCUAUUUGUACCGGGGCUGAGUUGAUCGGACCGCCCCUCGCUUGUCAGGGCAGCGACGGCGGUUUGAUAACGACAAGGGCUCGUUUGUAAAUAACAGCGACCUCCCGCCUCCCGGUGUUGACAGGCUGCGGACCCACUUCGCAGCCGGGGCGGACGCAGUCUUCUCGUACUUCCACCAUGGAUCAGCAGUGUUACAUAGACGUGCUGUUCCGUCGGGGUUGAGGUCGCGCGGUUGCGGAAUUAAGUCGUAACCUAGUUCCGGUGACCCGCUGCGGGAGUCGGGCGAAGUCGCUCCGACAACAACGAGACGUCACAGGACUGCGCGACUACUGUGGCGGGUAUGAUUGUGCCAGACCGACUGUCAGGGAAACGGUUUAGUGUCUGCGGGGAGGAGAAGAAGUAGAAGAAGAAGAAGAAGAUGGAGACGGGAGUACGGUCCCACCAGGGCGAGCUGCUCGUCCACCCGCUCUCCAGCUCCGGGGCCGCGGGCAUCUGCCCCGAGAUGCUGGAGGUGGCGGAGGAGGCGAACCGGGCCGGCGACUUCGGCCUGGCCGCGGAGAUCUACAGCUCCCAGCUCGCGGAGCUGCCGCAGCCGGACCGGGGCCUGUGCCUGCGGAAGGCGGACUCCCUGGCCCGCGCGGGGCGCAUAUCCGAGGCGCUGGACUCGUACUGCGCCGCCGCCGGGCUCGCCAAACUGCACCCGGAGGAGCUGCCCGUGCUGGUGGAGUCCAUCGCGCGGACGCUCCGCGAGAGGGAGCCGGGCAUCCCCGGCGACGGGGGCGGGGACGCGGCGGGGGACGACGGGGACGACGGGGACGCAGCGGCGCUGGACCUGUUCUCGUGUCGCCUGUGCAGGUGCCUGCUGCACGAGCCCGCCACCGUGGAGUGCGGCCACACGUUCUGCAAACGCUGCGCGGAGGACGAGGGCGUCCGGGACUGCGUGCACUGCGGCCAGACGCUGGCCACGAGGGACGGGCCGCCGAACGUGUUCCGACUCAACGUGGUGCUCGGCGGCCUCCUGGACAAGCUGUUCGCCGCCGAGAGCAAAGCGAGGGGGCUGUGGGUCGACGGGGAGCUGCUGUGGAAGAAGCGGAGCCUCGCCGGCGCCCUGGAGAAGUACAGCGCCGCGCUGGAGCUAGUGCCCUCUGCAGGCCGACUGCUUUGUCAACGUGCCGAGCUGCACAUGGAGAUGAGGAACUUCAGCGAGGCGGUGCAGGACGCCAGCAGCCUCUGUCGAACAAAACCUCUCUGGACAAAGGCUCACUAUCUGAAAGCCACGGCGCUGAGUAAAGCAGGCCGCAAUGAUGAGGCCCUGCAGGAAUACUUGGUGUGUGUGGCGCUGAAGCCUGACUGGACCAAAGUCAAACUGGAGGCUCAGAAGGUGCUCAGCGAGCUGUUCUCCUCCGUGUUUGAGAACGAGGACCUGCCGACGCCACUGCAUCCUCUGCAGGGGGGGUUGGACACUCGCCUCAUCAAACCCCCUGCCCUGCUCAGGUCCCUGAGGCCGCUCACACAGAGGCCGGGCUCAUCCUCCUCACAGGACUCGGAGUUCAGUCUGACGAAAAGCGGCGCGGUUGACAACUCGCCCUCCAGACUGUUCGCCCCGACGCCCGGAAAAUCAGACCCCGCUGCGGAGGAGGGCACUACCAAGAGCCUGGGCGGCGUACUGGCCGCGCUGCGGGCGCCCCCCGGUGGCCUUAAGAGGAAGCUCAGCAGCGACGGACCCUCUGCGACCUUCAACCCCCCCUCCAAAGUGCUCAAACCUGAUGAGGCGAGCAGCUUUCAGACGGUCUCAGUGUGCAGAGGACGAGUGGUUCCUGUUGAGCUGUUGGACAGUGGAGACAUGGAGUGCUCGCUCUGCAUGAGAUUGUUCUACGAGCCCGUUGCCACCCCCUGCGGUCACACCUUCUGCCUCAAAUGUCUGGAGCGCUGCUUGGACCACAACCCCAACUGUCCUCUGUGCAAGGAGAAUCUGUCCGAGUAUCUAGCCACCAGGGGUUACCAAAAGACCCUGCUAAUGGAGGAAGUGCUGCAGCGUUACCUGGGAGACGAGCUGGCCGAGAGGAAGAAAAUCCACGAAGAGGAAAUGACGGAAUUGUCCAACUUGAACCAGGAAGUGCCCAUCUUCGUGUGCACCAUGGCCUUUCCCACAAUCCCCUGCCCGCUGCACGUGUUCGAGCCGCGCUACCGCCUCAUGAUCCGCCGCUCCAUGGAGACCGGCACCAAGCAGUUUGGCAUGUGCAUCGCUGACGAGCUGAAGGGAUUCGCCGACUACGGCUGCAUGCUGCAGGUGCGUGAUGUGAAGUUCUUUCCCGACGGCCGUUCGGUGGUCGACACCAUCGGCGUUUCGCGGUUCAAGGUCGUCAGCCACGGCCAAAGGGACGGUUACCACACCGCUAAGAUCGACUACCUGGAAGACAAAAAGGUGGAGGGCGACGAGCUGGUGGAUCUUCUGAAGCUACACGACUCUGUGUACGAGCAGGCCAACGGCUGGUUCACCUCACUGAGAGACAACAUGAAGAGCCAGAUACUCAGCCACUUUGGAAACCUCCCUGGCAAAGACCCCGACCCACAGGCGAGUCCCAGUGGCCCGGCCUGGUGCUGGUGGCUGCUCGCCGUCCUUCCGCUGGAGAACCGAGCCCAGCUCACCAUCCUGGCCAUGACCUCCCUCAAGGACCGCCUCAUCGCCAUCCGCCGGGUUCUCAUCUUCGUCACGCGCAAGAGGCCGCGGUGAUCGCAAGAGCACACGGACCGGAAAUGUUUGGGCUUCUAUGCAGUUCAACGAUUCAUUCAUUCAGUCAUUCAUUCAUUUGGUCAUUAGCUCAUUUACUCAUUUAUACUUUGUUAAGUUCGGGGUAAAGACGCAGUCCAGCGGAGCCCUGUCACUUCCAUUUAGGUCUCUUCUGGACGAUCAUCUUGACUCUUUCCUGAAGGAACAAAAAACAGACAGAGCGGUUUCGGUCGUUGAGAAAGACACCAAACCCCCUGACGGCUCCUGAUGCUGCAACAUCAGUGUGCGAACGAACGAGUGAGUGUGUGUGUGAAUGGGUGAUUGCGAAAUACAGUCUUAAGCAUGUGUGAGUGGCAGAGAGACCAGAAAAGCUCUACAUAAAUGCAGUUCAUUUACCACUUUGCCAUUACAAAAGGCUGUGUGAGCAGGAAAGAAUGGAUUUUCCGACAGGAAAAGAAGAAAAACAGUAUUCCACACAAGCUGAAACAGAAGUGGGCCGUCACGGAGCCGUGUAGCCUCCCACGUCCACGACUCUGAUGGCUUGUACAAGUGUGGAAUCAAAAAACUGAAACCUGAAGCAAAACACUACAUGUGAAUGUACUGGUCUGGCUGUAGAAUGUGGAUGUCUUUUUUUCUUUUUCCUCUUUUUUUUUCCUCUUCUUUUCUUUUUUUCCCUCCUACAUUUGGUCCGAGAUAAACAUGAGGUCUCACUGCAACAGCUGCCUCACGUGAAAAUCUUCCUGACUGAGCCAAAGAGUUCAUGUGCUUAAAACCUGGAACUUUCAUAUCUCAGCGGUGGGCACCCACGUGUUGUCUGACUACGGAAAAGUAUUGAGGAUUGUGAUCAUGUCCAUGAUGCUCACACACUAACAAGAAAAACCUGACAACUAGAGAACAACUCUACAACAACGUGCUCCACCCGUCAUGAAAGAAGAUAAGUCAGAAAAUUGAGACUCCAACUCCCAGAUACAGUUGAUGUGGAACAGUAAUGUCCUCUCGUAGCAUAUCUCCGGACUUCAAAUACAGACUUAGUUAUAGGUAGUCUAUUUUCUUUUAGUUUCUCUUUCUCUCUCAUGGUGAAAUUCAAAGUUGGGUGAUUUGUAUGUUUAUCAAUGUAACUCGGAGGCCUUUUUUUAAUGUUUUAUUUAAGGAACGUGUCUCUCUCUCUCUCCUCUCGUCUCUCUCUCGGUGCAUUUGAAUGCUCACUGUAAUGCAGUUUUCCCGUGCUGGAAAUUGUCCUGUGGAGUUUUUCUCCCAAAAACAAAUUAUAAACAUUGCGUUUAUAAUGAUCAGUGUUUCCCAUCAAAACAUAUUGAACAUUUCUUUUCAUUCUCAUAAAGCCAAGCAAUUUUUUUUUUUUUUUUUAAGGAAUAUUUUUGAUCUUGCAUUGUUGAUUCUUUUACACGGGCGUGAAUGUUUUAUAUCUGAAGUGCUGCGAGUGGUCAAGACAUCAACUGGAUACUUUGAGGAAAAUUGAUGAAAGGUUACACAAUAAUGAUUGAAAAACAUUGGAGGGGUGAUGCAUACCCUGCACACGUUGUAUAUACAUCACUGUUGUGUUUCCCAUCAAUUGCCUAGACACAUGUUAAUUAUGUUAUGAAAGGUUUUUUUUUUUUCUCCGUUUAUUCAUCGUAUAGCUGUGUGCAGCGCACUCUGCCAGACGGACUCACUCACUCUCAUUCACACAAACACAUUGACCCAAAGUUCCUGCCGAGUUAUUCCUCUGAACAACAUCUGACCUUGGUCACAUUCUUCUCCAGUGUACCUUUUAAUGUCUGUCAAUGGUUUAAAUUUAACUCUGCAAGUCCUAGAAUUAUUAAAAAUGGAAUACCAGCUGCAGAAACUCCCAAUAUUCACCACAUUGUGUUUAAAACUUUAAGCCGUUAUCAUGGGACAGUUCUGGUUGUGAUCGCAUUAACAGCGAGCAGGAAAAAUGCACAGUUUCUCUGUAUAAUUCUGUCCUUCCAAAACGUUUGUGACUCCACUGCAGUCGCUGGCUCUCCACACAAAUGUGCUGCAUUUCCCUGGUAUAUUUGUAAAGGGAGCUCUUAUACCUUUUUUUAUUUGAAAUAAAGAAAAUCACGUAUUUA